CGGGGAAGCGCAACCCGGCUCCGGUGCUCUGGCUGCCGCCGCGGCUGCUCGGCUGGUGCAGCUGAGCGAGCCCGCGCGGGCGCCACCGCCGCCUCCGCCGCCGUCCACUGAGCGCUGCCAGCACCGCGGGGCUUGCAGGAGGCCGCCGGGAGGGGCGGGCGCUGGAGCGGAGCACGAGGAGGCGGAGGCGGAGGAGAAGUGAUGCUGGCGCCAGGGAUCCGGGCAGCGGCAGCGGAGAAUAAGCAUCUUCGGGACCCUGGCUGCAGCCUCCCCGUGGCCCGCGGGCCAGCAGAACGGUCAGAGACGGCGCGUCCCGCGGAGACUUGGAAUUCUUGACAUACAGAUCUUUCACUUGCUUGGUUGUAGAAGAUCCUAUGAGGUCCUGAGAAAAAGAUCUGGUAAAGCCACAUCAAGGAUUGCUGAGUCCAGGAGUGGAGAAAGGUUUAUAUGAGAAAAGAGACUCUACUGUCAGAAGAAUGCAAGAAUUUUCAUCCUAGAAUUCACUUGGAAAAGUCAUGUGGAGCAACUCCAGCUAGAGAAGCAUGAAGACUGGUCUACUGGGGAAAGAAGAAAUGGGUUUCCAUGGACCUAUCAGUGAUAAACAUCACAGUUUUACCGUGGAGACGAUUCCUUGGCAAUGUGUUGAGAAGCAGCGUGAGUUCACCCUGAGUCUUUGAUUAUGUUUAAUAGCUUCACUGUCAGACGGAUUCUGCAAUUUGGUGUGCAGCAGCUCCUGGAGUGAGCCUCUCAAAUCUCUACAGACCAAGAGAGACCAAGCAAGAUGUUCUGUAGCUGUAUUAAGAAGAAAGGCAGCAAGUUUGGUCCAAAAGACUUCUGAGGAUGAUUUCUGAGGCAUGCAUGGAGCUUCCAUCCGGUUUGAAAGAAAGUCAAGUGAAUUCCAGGAUACCGCAACACAAAUAGAGUCCACGGACACCCGCCAACCAACUCCUCUCUGGCAGAACUGUUAGAUUUCCAAGUACUAUGCUGCCUUUGCAAGAGGACAAGAAACUAGUGCCCCAAAGACGUGUUCUUCAGUAUUUGGAUUAGACGUGUUCUCAAGACAAUGGCUUCAAAGGUCUCCUGCCUAUAUGUAUUGACCGUUGUGUGCUGGGCCAGCGCUCUCUGGUACUUGAGCAUAACAAGACCUACUUCCUCUUACACUGGCUCAAAGCCAUUCAGUCACCUCACGGUUGCCAGGAAAAACUUCACCUUUGGUAACAUAAGAACUCGACCCAUAAACCCACAUUCUUUUGAAUUUCUUAUAAAUGAGCCCAACAAAUGUGAGAAAAACAUUCCUUUUCUUGUGAUCCUCAUUAGCACCACACACAAGGAAUUUGAUGCCCGCCAGGCAAUCCGGGAGACCUGGGGGGAUGAGAACAACUUCAAAGGGAUCAAGAUAGCCACACUUUUCCUCCUGGGCAAAAAUGCUGAUCCUGUUCUGAACCAGAUGGUAGAACAAGAGAGUCAGAUCUUCCAUGACAUCAUCGUAGAGGACUUCAUUGACUCCUACCACAACCUUACCCUCAAAACCUUAAUGGGGAUGAGAUGGGUUGCCACUUUCUGUUCAAAAGCCAAGUACGUCAUGAAAACCGACAGUGACAUUUUUGUGAACAUGGACAACCUUAUUUAUAAACUCCUGAAACCCUCUACCAAGCCAAGAAGAAGGUAUUUCACUGGUUACGUCAUCAAUGGCGGGCCAAUAAGGGAUGUCCGCAGUAAGUGGUAUAUGCCUAGGGAUUUGUACCCUGACAGCAACUACCCACCAUUCUGUUCAGGGACUGGCUAUAUCUUUUCCGCUGAUGUGGCUGAACUCAUUUACAAGACCUCACUCCAUACCAGGCUGCUUCAUCUUGAAGAUGUCUAUGUGGGACUGUGUCUUCGAAAGCUUGGCAUACAUCCUUUCCAGAAUAGUGGUUUCAAUCACUGGAAAAUGGCCUACAGUUUGUGUAGGUACCGCCGCGUCAUCACUGUCCACCAGAUCUCUCCAGAGGAAAUGCACAGAAUCUGGAAUGACAUGUCAAGUAAGAAGCAUCUCAGAUGUUAGGACUUCUAUCAAUGUAAAUAACUUUCUUUUCUAAGAAAUGGGGACUACAAUGUUGUUAUUUACAGAUGUCACCAAGGGAACAUGAAUUGGUAAGGGGUUUUGUAAAGUUCUUUGUUGGAUCAGUAUUUUUCAAGUAUUGGGGUCGACCAUAGAAAUGGUGAGUGAGUUAGAAGGGCCAGAUUUCAUUCUCAGGUCCUAAGACAUUGCAUUGCCAUUUAUUUCAAAAAGUGACUCUAAGUAACUGCCAGGAUUAGUGCACUGUGCAUCUGGGAUAACAAUCUGGGCCAGGAGAUAGAAACUCACAGUAAUGUCUUCAUACCAUCUCUGCAAACAUAAAUAGUAAUUCUUUCUUAAAAAAUCAAAACAAGUCAGAAAAGAUAGGCAGUCAGGAACACACACUAGAUGUGAUAAUGUUGUGCGCUGUUUGCUACGUAGCAUUUUCACAUACGUUGCUAUGGAUGUGUACAGAAUUUGAGAUUCUACCAAUAACUGAUUUUAUCCCCGGGGUAGGGAGACUGAUGGAAUGGAUGGAGGUGUAAACUUGAGAAUCAAUUAUCCUGUAUGUAUAGCAAACAUCUCGGCAUAGACUCAUAGGGAUUAAAUCUGGUCAGCAGGUGGUUUGUACAUAAAAUGCUACUUUAAGUAAACAAAUAAACGGUUUUGUUCCCGCCCCCAGAACAAAUGUUACAUUGUGCCACCAAGGAGAUUGCCAAUUGUAGUACUCUCACCUGCUUCCUUCCAUAUUAUACCUUUAAGUGCAUUUUAUAGUUUUGGGAUCAGGCAGGUGUGUGUCUCCAGGUGUAGAAAAAACUUUGGUAGGAGGCCCAGAAAUAAUACAGAACAAUUGAUAAAAUGCAAAUCUCGGUAUCCAUUCUAAUUAGCAUAAGCUUGGCUAUAGUGUACGAGGCCCCUCUCACACAUUUGCAAAGCACAUGAGAAAUACUUUAACUAGUACCAGUAUUAUUAAAAGAUGUGCCCCUGCUACCAAUAGAAGACAUGCUCUCUUAACCACUAAAAUAUUCACAUAUGUUUAAUAGCAAAAGUGCUUUGAUGUGGUCCAGGGAUUCUGCCCCUGAGAGCCAUGAGAAGGAAGAACAGGGAAGCCCGAGUUCAGAUCCCAUUGAUGCCACAAAUUUAUAUGAACUAUAUAAACAGGCAUCUCAUUUUUGAUGUACUUCUGUCUGCUCACUUGUAAAAUGGCUAAAAAGUAAAAAUCUACCUCACAGGUACUGUGAGAGCAAACCACAUUUGCUAAUAAGUAUUUUUGAGAUCUUUUAGUUUCAAAGGUGCUACGGGAAUGCCAUGUAUCAUGUACUAUGCUAAAUGCUAAAAUGAUUACAGUAAUUCUAAAGAUGACUAUCCUUUGUGGCAACAUCAUCUUAAUAUCACAAUUUACCAAAUUAAAGGUUGUGAACUCCCAGUGGACCUAAUUCUUCCAAGACUCCAUGUUUCCUUGUCUAU